GCCCCAAAUUUUUUCCUUUCCUGUCUAGAAAUAAAUAAAUAAUGAUUUUUGAAGCCACACUUUUCCUCCACGCAAAAAAUGCAUGGUCCCUGAAGAAAACACAGCCAUUCCCCCCAUUUAUAUACAGUGCUCAAAAACCUUUCAUUCCCUCUGUUUUAUUUGGGUUUCACCAGAGACUUCAUCAGAGAGAUUCAAAACUAUCCCUCUGGUGCAAACCAACCUCAGAGCUCAAAUUCUGAAAGAUUAAUAGAUGCUUCGAGCAAAUGUGUAUUGCACUUUGAUUUCUAGCCCCUGCAGACAAGCGAAGGCUAGCAGCAGUACUAGCUAUGGGUCAUGGGUCAUCCAGUAUCAAAGUAAUCGCAGAACAUCUCUAGGAAUUUCUAUCAAAGCCCUGAAAGAUGAAACCGGAGGCGAGACGAGUGGCUUCCGUGGCCAGAGCUGGGAUCCCGGGAUGGAAAUUGAGGUUCCUUUUGAGCAAAGACCGGUGAAUGAGUACUCAUCUUUAAAAGAUGGUACCUUAUAUUCAUGGGGCGAUCUGGGACCAGGACCCUUAUUUCUUCGCCUUGGAGGUCUUUGGUUGGUAACUUUCACAGUUCUAGGGGUGCCAAUUGCAGCUGCAAGCUUUAAUCCUUCAAGGGAACCUCUACGAUUUGUGCUAGCUGCUGGAACAGGGACUCUUUUCCUCGUGUCAUUGAUUGUUUUACGAAUUUAUCUGGGAUGGAGCUAUGUUGGUGAUAGACUUCUAUCAGCAGUUAUACCUUAUGAAGAAAGUGGAUGGUAUGAUGGACAAAUGUGGGUAAAACCACCAGAGGUCCUCGCCCGUGACAGACUAUUGGGCUCUUACAAGGUUAAACCAGUGGUCAAACUGCUUAAACAGACACUCGUGGGAACGGGGGUGUUACUAGUGACAGCAGUUUUUCUAUUUAUAUUUGCGACCCCAGUGGAGAAUUUCUUUCAUACUACUUUCACCACAGAAGAAAAUCAGUCAAAAAAUCCAGCUUCGACGGUCAGCUCAAAAUUCAAUAUAAGGAAAGAAGAGUUGCUUAAAUUGCCUUUAGAGGUGAAAACCGAUGAUGAUCUUGCGGCAGCUGCUGCUGAAGCUGCUGAUGGUAGACCAGUCUACUGCAGAGAUAGGUUUUACCGUGCAUUAGCGGGUGGGCAAUACUGCAAAUGGGAUGAUCUAACUAAGUAAAGGGACAAAAGGGAAUUGUACCCAACUCCAUUUUAUACAUGUGCUCUGUGAUUUGUACUAAAAAAAAAAAGAUGAAGGAUUAGAAAGUUUGAUCUCAUUA